AUGGCAGGAACUGGUUCUUAUGAUGAUGAAAUGCGUCGCUAUAACUUAUUCAUGUCAAGUCAAGGAGUCAUUUGUCAAAAGAUCCGCCAUUUUGGAGGAAUAUACAUGAAGGACAAAAAUCCUCCAGAAUUUGAUCCUGACGGAUCUUGGUAUCUAUGUCUUGAUCCGGAGGUUUCUCUCAGGCCGGGAUCGUGUAUUGUUUAUUCCAUAGGGUACAGUACCUUUUUAUAUAGUUUUAAUUAUUCUGUUUCUGGUGUUGUGCACUCAGAAUGAGCCUAUAUGUUUGUGACGUUGUCUCUUGAUUGUCGGUCCACACCAGGCAAGCUGAAAAGUUUGUCUGACCGCGGUGGGAAUCGAACCUGCGACCUUUGGUUUGCUAGUCCAAUGCUGAAUGCUCUGCCAACUGAGCUACGAGGUCAUGUUGGUAGUUUUCUUGUAGGUAGUGAUAUUUCGGAACUCAGCUAGCUAGGUCCUUCGAUAUAUCAGUGUAUUUUUAUUAUCUUGAAUUUUUCUGUUUCUGGUGAACUCGAAAGAACUGGACUCAUAGUAGAGCAUUGGACUUGAAAAAGGUCACGGGUUCGACUCCCAAUGCGUUAUGCGGUCAAGCAAACUAUUCAGCUUGCCCGGUCUGGACACACUCAGAGACAACAUCACAAACAUAGUUUUUAUUAAAUAUACAAAAGUUCACAUCAGAAACUAUAAGAUCUGGUAAAAUGGAAAAGAAAUAGACAUAAUUUCCAGCUUCAAAUUAUUCAAUGUCUCAUGGGAUUUUUUAAAAUUUGUCAUGUAUAACCGUAUAUUAUGAAAACGAUACAGAAACAGAAAAGAACUUAACCAAGUGAUGAAUUGUUUUGCUUCCAGCCAGAUCAGCUAGUAUCUUACAUAUCAGUAGUAGUUUACACUUAAUAGAAUCGAGUCUAAAGCACGGAAGGUUCGAUUCCUGCAAUAAGUUUUUUCAUCUAAUGGUUUAAAGCACAUCAUGAAACUGAUGAAAGGCGGAGAGUUGGGGACUGUCAAAGGGUAUAUAUAUUUCUUCAAUUUAAACUUGUGUUUUUAAAAAUAAUACCUGAAGUUUGGUAAUAUGUAACUAAUAAGACUAAUAAACAUUUUUUGCAUUGAUCAAUGAUCAUCAUUGUAUAUAAUGCCGGUAAAGUCAUGUUUCUGAGUUAUCGAAAUAAUUUUUAGGUCUUUUGAAACUUCAGGACGGGCUACAUUUCUGGCGUUUACUGAAUCGAAUUUGCAAAAGGAUUCCAUACAAAUCACCUGUAUUUUAAAUUUCGGUUAUGUGGCGGUUUUUAAGUUUUUAACUAAACCAUGCAUGUUACGUUCUUUUAACAACGAUUACUCAAAUCUUUAAUUUUACCUGAAAAUGUCAAAAGUUUACCCUGAAUGUCACUGCAUGGAGUUUCUAAUCUUUCAGAGGUGUGGAGGUCACACACCCCACAGCCCCAUCCCUUCCCCGCUUGCUACAUCCCUGACAGUAACUAAUGUUCACUACUGUGAACACGAUUUAUUUUUCUACUCAAUGGACUCAAAAUGGACCGGACAAUUCUGAUCUUUCAGAGCCGUGGAGGUCACAGCCCAUCCCUGCCGCGCUUGUAACAUCCCUGACAGUAACUAAUGUUCACCACUGUGAACACGAUUUAUUUUUCUACUCAGUGCAAGGCCGUCAGAAGAAAAUCAAUAUUGAGGGGGGGGGGGAGGCCUCAAGAAUAAAUCUGAAUUGCUUUCGCACUUUUCAAGUUUUUUGUGUGUUUUGCUUAUACAAAUCGUAAUUAUAGCCCCCCCUCUUCCGACGGCCUUUCAAUAGACUAAAAAAAUAUUUUAUUUGUCUUACAGGAUAAAUGAUGAAUGGUCAUUUGAUGACAGUAUUGCAAACUAUGGUUGUCGGGUUUAUGCAUUUGAUCCUACAAUGAGCAAAGAAACCCAUCUUCGUUCACCAUUUAUACAGUUCUUUAAAGUCGGCUUGGCAGAUUUUGAUUCGGAAGGAACUCCAGGGGAAUCUGGAAAGGCUGCAUGGAGAACUAGAACAUUGAAAUCCAUUAUCACAGAACUGCGUCAUAACAAGGCAAGUGCUGAUUUUUUUGUGAGAGCUAAUAAUAUUCCACAGCCAACAUGUCUGGGGGUGGAAGAGGAAAAUUGAAUAAUGAAUAUUGAAUACUGAUUUUUAGAAUAGUUUGAAUAUGAACAUUUUCCUAAAUAUUUGAAACAAAAUUGGAAUAAAUAUUUGCUCCUCCCGUUGACCAGGAUUACAGAAAAGAUAUUCCGCCCCUAUCCCGAGCAUGUCACACAUGUCAUGCACAUGACGAUAUAUAUUCACGAUGAAAAAUUGAAUACUUCGUGAGCUAGAUUUGACCCACAACAUAAAGUAAUUAUAUAGUAUUUAUUUCCACCAUGCCGUAUAAACAUAGAAUGAAGUUAUCAAGGUCAAGCAGUGCAUCCGGCGCGAAAUUAGCCGUCACGAUUGGUCAGGUAUUUCGCAGAGGUCAGCAUUUCGCUUGCCACUGGGAACAAAAACCGAACAUUCAACAACCUGUAUGUCAACAACAAUUUGAAGGACAACAAAUUAAAAAAAACAAAAAAAUUAAACAACAACAACAACAACAAGAAAACUGAGAAGAGGAGCAGCAAUAAAUUAAUAACAACAACAGCAACAGCAACAGCAACAGCAACAGCAACAGCAACAGCAACAGCAACAGCAACAACAACAACAACAACAACAACAACAACAACAACAACAACAACAACAACAACAACAACAACAACAACAACAACAACAACAACAACAACAACAACAACAAUAACAACAAAAACAACAACAACAACAACAACAACAAGAAAAACAAUAAUGACAACACCAACAUCACAACACCAACAACAAUAUUUUUGCGUAUAAAACUGCAUGAAUGUUCAAAAUAAAUAGCUUUUUAUGAAAAACAUCUCUAUUGUAGAAAUUAGUGGAUGUUCUGAAGAUGGAUAUUGAAUGGGACGAGUGGAAAUGUCUUCCACAAAUGUUGUCUGAUGGAACAUUAAAAAAAUAUGUAAAACAACUUGAUGUCGAGUUUCAUGUUGUAGAUCGCACUCCGUUUGGUAUUCGUCGGUAUUAUGGUAUAGCCAUGUGGCUCGAUAGACAAGGAUUUAAAAUUGCCAAUAUGCAUAGGAACAUGUAUUGUAGGGAAUGUUAUGAAACUACUUUUAUCAAUACAAAUCUUAUUAACCUACCCCUUCGGUGA